CGCAUUCGUUAAACUCUAUCGUCGCUCUCACAACUCCAUACCUAGUCGAAACCAGUCUUCACCACUAGACCGCGCCUCUAUUUCCGACGACGCACCAGCUUCCGACGACACACCAGAAGCAGCAAUCAUGGAGGACGAUAAGAAGGAUAUGAAGGAGGAGGGGCUGGGUGACAUUGCGCCAUUUGAUCCUAGUAAGAAGAAGAAGAAGAAAAAGGUUGUGAUCGAGGAUCCUGCUGAGGAGUCUGUAGACAAGUUAGCUGAGAAAACGGAAAGUCUUGCAGUUUCUGAGGGACAGGAAAGUACUUUUGCUGGUUUGAAAAAGAAGAAGAAGAAGCCAAUUGAAACCAGUAUGUUGAAUGAGGAGAUAGGUGAUGUCCCUGAGGAUUUGGAUGAGCACGCGGCUGAGGACGAAGAAGGAGAAGAGAUUCUAUUGGAGGCUGCCAAUCCUUGGGAGGGGAGCGAUCGUGAUUAUGAAUAUGAGGAGCUUCUCGGAAGGGUGUAUAACAUUCUGAGGGAGAACAAUCCGGAGCUAGCAGGAGACAGGCGCAGGACAGUUAUGAGGCCUCCACAAGUGCUACGUGAGGGCACAAAGAAAACCGUCUUUGUGAACUUCAUGGAUCUGUGCAAGACGAUGCAUAGGCAACCGGAACAUGUCCAGAACUUCUUAUUGGCUGAAUUGGGAACUAGUGGAUCACUAGAUGGACAACAAAGGUUGGUUGUCAAGGGGAGGUUCGCCCCCAAGAAUUUUGAAGGGAUUCUUCGACGAUAUGUCAAUGAAUACGUGAUAUGCCUUGGUUGCAAAAGCCCUGAUACUAUACUCUCAAAGGAGAACCGCCUCUACUUUCUCAGAUGCGAGAAGUGUGGUUCUGGACGAUCUGUUGCUCAGAUCAAGCAAGGGUUUGUUGCUCGGGUUGGGCGUAGAAAUGCCGGGGCUUGAUCAUGUCCUACAUUUAGGCCUUUGGUGCAGUCCUCUGUAUUAGAACCUUGAUUUGCUACUACUAGUUAUUGAGUUUGAAUCUGUCUGUUUUUUACGACACCUAUAACAACGGUAACAGUUGGGUUGGCUAUUUUGCUGUUGUAUACUCAUCCAUGGCCUAUUACGGUGCUUUUUUAUGUUGAGUUGAGUAAACUACCAUGAUAUUAGCACAUACAUCUGAUCGACUUUCCUGCUUGUGUUUCAUGUUUAUAAAAGUAAGUCAUGCCUGUUUCAGUGUAAUGGAGUUGGUAUAUAGAAAGAAAAAGAAGAUGCAUUCAGUCA